AUGAACCGCGGCCACCGGCACGGGGCGGGCAGCGGCUGCCUGGGCACCAUGGAGGUGAAGAGCAAGUUUGGAGCUGAGUUUCGUCGGUUUUCACUGGAAAGAUCAAAACCUGGAAAAUUUGAGGAGUUUUAUGGCCUCCUGCAGCAUGUUCAUAAGAUACCCAAUGUGGACGUGCUGGUGGGCUACGCCGACAUCCACGGGGACUUGCUGCCCAUCAAUAACGACGACAACUAUCACAAGGCCGUGUCCACAGCCAACCCGCUGCUUAGGAUCUUCAUACAAAAGAAAGAAGAAGCAGACUACAGUGCCUUCGGUACAGACACGCUGAUAAAGAAGAAGAACGUUUUGACCAAUGUGUUACGUCCUGACAACCACAGAAAAAAGCCACACAUAGUUAUCAGUAUGCCCCAGGACUUCAGGCCCGUGUCUUCCAUCAUAGACGUGGACAUUCUCCCGGAGACCCACCGUCGGGUUCGUCUGUACAAGUACGGCACCGAGAAGCCCCUGGGGUUCUACAUCCGGGACGGUUSAAGUGUCCGGGUCACGCCACACGGGCUGGAGAAGGUCCCUGGGAUCUUCAUCUCCAGGCUCGUCCCAGGGGGUCUGGCUCAAAGCACAGGACUGCUGGCUGUCAAUGACGAGGUCUUAGAGGUCAAUGGCAUCGAGGUCUCAGGGAAGAGUCUUGACCAAGUGACUGACAUGAUGAUCGCCAACAGCCGCAACCUCAUCAUCACGGUGAGACCAGCGAACCAGAGGAACAACGUGGUCAGGAACAGUCGGACUUCCGGCAGCUCCGGCCAGUCCACCGAUAACAGCCUUGUGGGCUACCCGCAGCAGAUGGAACCAAGCUUGGAGCCAGAGGACGAGGACAGCGAUGAAGACGACAUCGUCAUUGAGGACAACGGCGUGCCGCAGCAGAUUCCCAAGGCCGUCCCCGAGGCCGAGAGCCUGGAGUCCUUAACACAGAUAGAACUCAGUUUUGAGUCCGGGCAGAACGGUUUUAUUCCUUCCCACGAUGUGAGCUUAGCACCCGUAGCAAGUGGCACAAACACGGAAUUCGACACCCGAGCUCCAGACCAGAAACUCCUGGAGGAAGAUGGGACCAUCAUAACCUUGUGAAGCCGUAGCUGGGGUUUUCUGGGGACUGGGGCCUGGCUAGGACUGGAGCAUGUACCUGGGAAGCAGGCGAGGGGUGGGCAUGGAAGAGGGCUGCGGCCUUGACCUGGGGUUAAAGUGGGCAGUGCUGCUGAGAUGAACCCGGGACUCCAAGCUGGAUCUAAGUCUAAAACAAGGGGCCUUGGCUUGUGAAAUCACGUGCUGUUGUGUUUUUCUCUGGAGAACUGGAU